UCCUCUUCACGGAACCAAAACCUUCUCUCUUUCUCUCUAUCUCUCCAAACACGGACAUGCUAAAGCGACUCUACAGUGAGUUUGAAAGGCUUCAACCAAGAGUUUUUCUAUGUCAACGGAGAGGCUCAUUGUGGACAGAUUGCGUUCUGAUGAUGAUAAAAUGCAACCAAGGGUUGUGUCAACGUUGCCACGCAACAAUUCAUCAAUACAUGGCGCAGAACAUGAAUGGAUUUUCGAAGAGUUGCCGAAGGCGACGAUAGUUUCGGUUUCGAGACCGGACACCAGUGAUAUUAGUCCCAUGCUUUUGUCUUACACCAUUGAGUUACAGUACAAACAGUUCAAGUGGCGUCUGAGGAAGAAAGCUUCACAAGUUCUCUAUCUUCAUUUCGCUGUACAGAAACGUGCAAUUAUUGAUGAACUUCAUGAGAAACAAGAGCAGGUUAAAGAAUGGCUUCAAAGCUUAGGAAUAGUUGACCAUGUCGCAGUUGUUCAAGAUGCUGAUGAACCUGAUGAUGGAGCUGUGCCUGUGCAUCAAAGUGAAAGUGUUAGAAAUAGGAAUGUCCCUUCUAGUGCUGCUUUGCCGAUUCUUCGCCCAUCACUUGGACGUCAACCUACAAUUUCAGAGAAAGCAAAGGUAGCAAUGCAAGGUUAUUUGAAUCAUUUCCUGGGAAACAUGGAUAUCGUGAAUUCGAGAGAGGUAUGCAAAUUCUUGGAGGUCUCGAGGUUGUCAUUUGCACAAGAAUAUGGUCCAAAGUUGAAAGAGGGCUACGUUAUGGUGAAGCAUUUACCAAAAAACUCCAGGGAUGAGACUGAUGCAACAUGGUUUCCAGGCUGUUGCUUUGGUUGCAGCAACACUUGGCAUAAGGUCUGGGCUGUUCUGAAACCUGGUUUCUUGGCCUUGCUGGAAGAGCCUUUAAGCACCAAACUCCUAGACAUAAUCGUUUUUGAUGUUCUUCCCACCACUAAUGGCAAUGAAGGGUCAGGAGUAUAUCUAGCAAAGCAAAUAAAAGAAUCCAAUCCUCUGUGCUACGCAUUUAAGGUUUGUGGAAAUCGGACAAUAGAUUUGAGGACUACAAGUAAUGGUAAAGUUAAAGAAUGGAUUGGUGCAAUCAAUGACGCUGGUUUAAGACCUCAUGAGGGGUGGUGUCACCCUCACCGUUUUGGUUCCUUUGCUCCUCCAAGGGGUUUGACUGAAGAUGGAAGUCAAGCUCAGUGGUUUAUAGAUGGUCAAGCAGCUUUUGAAGCAAUUGCUUCUGCAAUAGAGGAUGCAAAAUCAGAGAUCUUCAUUACUGGCUGGUGGCUUUGCCCUGAGCUGUAUAUGAGACGCCCUUUUCGCAAGCAUUCUUCCUCCCGGCUAGAUGCACUGAUAGAAGCAAAAGCCAAGCAAGGUGUUCAGAUAUACAUUCUUCUGUAUAAGGAGGUUUCUAUUGCUUUAAAAAUUAACAGUAUGUACAGUAAGAAGAAGCUCCUUCAAAUUCAUGAAAAUGUCAGAGUGCUGCGCUAUCCUGACCAUUUAUCAACCGGUGUUUAUUUAUGGUCACACCAUGAAAAACUUGUCAUUAUUGAUUACCGCACUUGCUUCAUUGGAGGACUGGAUUUAUGCUUCGGCCGUUAUGACACACCUGAACACAGAGUGAGGGAUUGCCCUCCUUUCAUGUGGCCUGGAAAGGACUAUUACAAUCCAAGAGAAUCUGAACCAAAUUCUUGGGAGGAUACAAUGAAAGAUGAACUUGAUCGCGAACAAUAUCCCCGUAUGCCAUGGCAUGAUAUUCAUUGUGCUCUUUGGGGGCCACCUUGUCGAGAUGUUGCAAGGCAUUUUGUUCAACGCUGGAACCAUGCUAAGAGAAACAAAGCUCCACAUGAACAAGCAAUUCCACUCCUCAUUCCUCACCACCACAUGGUUAUCCCUCGCUACAUGGGAAGCCAAGAGAUAGACAUUGCAAGCAAGGACACAGAUAAGAAUCAGAAAGAUUUAACCAGACAGGAUUCGUUUUCCUCGCGAUCACCAUGGGAAGAUAUCCCUUUGCUUUUGCCUCAAGAAGCUGAUAAACUAGUCACUUCCACCAUGGACCAAAAGCUAAAUGGCCUGCAUUCCAAUAAUCAUAAUCAUAAGUCAUCUGAGAUCAAUGGAUGUUGUACCUUAUCUUCCCAGAAGUACAAACCUGAAGCUUUCUCUCCAGAUAUGCAGAUUGUAGGAGUUCUGGAGGAUCUUGACUCUAUGGAUCUUCAGAAAAAAUUGAACUUAGAUUGUGUCCCAGAGCUUUGUUUCAAAGUAUCAGAUGAGUGGUGGCAAACCCCUGAGGAAGGCAAUCACGAUGUUCCUGCUGGCGAAUACGAACAAGUUGGUCCACGUAUUGCAUGCCGCUGUCAGAUUAUCAGAAGUGUCAGCCAGUGGUCUGCAGGAACAAGUCAAACUGAAGAAAGCAUUCAUAGUACUUAUUGUUCUCUCAUUGAGAAUGCACAACAUUUUAUUUACAUUGAGAACCAAUUUUUCAUUUCAGGUCUUUCAGGAGACGAAGUUAUACAGAACCGUGUCUUGGAAGCAUUUUACAAGCGUAUUGUGAAAGCAUACGAGGAACAGAAAUGUUUCAGAGUCAUUGUUGUCAUACCGCUCGUACCAGGCUUCAAGGGAGGUAUUGAUGAUGGUGGUGCAGCAACUGUUAGAGCCCUUAUGCAUUGGCAAUACCGGACCAUUUCCAGGGAGAAAACUUCAAUAUUGCAUAACCUCAAUAUGCCGCUUGGACCCAAGACACAAGACUACAUUACCUUCUAUGGUUUGAGAUCACAUGGCAGACUUUGUGAUGGUGGUCCAGUGGCCACGAGUCAGGUGUAUGUGCAUAGCAAACUGAUGAUAAUAGAUGACCGCGCUGCCUUGAUUGGAUCAUCCAAUAUUAAUGAUAGGAGUCUGCUUGGAUCAAGAGACUCUGAGAUUGGAGUACUCAUUGAAGAUAAAGAAUUUCUCGAAUCAUCGAUGAAUGGAGAGCCAUGGAAGGCAGGAAAAUUUUCUUAUACUCUCCGGUGCUCCCUGUGGUGUGAACACCUUGGUCUUCCUGCAGGAGAGACCGGCCAAAUAAGUGAUCCUAUGGCAGAUGCAACAUACAGAGACUUAUGGAUAGCUACUGCAAAGGAAAACACCAUAAUUUACCAAGACGUCUUUGAUUGCAUCCCUAAUGAACUCAUACACUCCAGGGCUGCCCUCAGACAAAGCAUGAGCCAGAGGAAGGAGAAACUGGGGCACACCACAAUUGAUUUAGGAAUAGCUCCUGAGGAGCUGGAAACAUACAAGAAUGGGGAAAUCAACUUGAUGGAUCCAAUGGAACGAUUGAAGUCUGUGAGGGGACAUCUUGUUUCCUUCCCCUUAGAGUUCAUGUGUCAAGAAGAUUUAAGACCAUUCUUCAAUGAGAGUGAGUAUUAUGCAGCUCCUCAAGUAUUUCACUAAGCGCCACCGCCACUGCCACCGCAUGGAGAGACAAAAACAUAAGACGGAACUGAAGUAUGGUUCCACAAAUCUGUUGUAGUUGCAGUUUGGAGAUAGUCAGAGUAGUUAUAGCUCUAACUAAACUAAAAAUUAUAGGAACUCAAGACUGUUACAAUCGGAUUUGAAUGCCACAUUGGCCUUGAUGUAAUGCUUUGUACAGAAAAUGAACAUUCUUUCCUCCCAAUCAAUGAAUGCAAUAGUUGUGGAUUACCUAUUGCCAGA